UCGCGCGCCUCCGCCUGUGACUUCACCGCGCGCCUCCACCGCCUCCUCCUCAGCAAUUUAAUCGACUUCCUCGACGUCACCUUCUCUUCGUCAGACAUCCUCUUUCUCCAGCACACUUAAGAAUACACAAGGAUGAAAUACGUGCAAUGCAUAGUAAUUGGAAUGAGGCACGCGUUGAAACACAUCAUCAGGACAACUUUUGCAAUUGGUUUAAACAUUAUAGUCGAUUACCGAGUGUUGAAUCAAUUUUAGAUAAGAAGCUUGGAUAUUUGGCUACACUUCCAGAUGCUGAAGUUAAAUACUUUAAAGGAUUUGGUGUUGGCGGUUACAAGUUUGAAAUCAAGUCUAUAGAAGAAUCUCGAACCACCCAAAAUAGUAGAAUUGCAACCCUAGGCACUAAUGAUGAGAUAUACUAUGGGUACCUUGAUAACAUACUUGGUAUCAACUAUCCAGGACGAGCAGGAUGCAUUUAUGUCUUUCAAUGUAUUUGGUAUGAUAUGAAGACUGGAAUUGGUAAGUGGAGAGACAAUUACGGGACUUGGGUAAAUGAAUAUGGAUUGACGAGUGUAAACACCACGCGUUUUUCCUUUGAGGACGAUCCAUUUAUAUUUCCAGAACAAGCAUUUCAAGUAUACUACUCAAAGUGCGUGAGGCAUUCAGGGUGGAGUGUUGUAUGUCGAUGGAGGCCCAGGGAUACUUACGACGUUCCACAGUUCAUAGAUUCAGAGGAUGUAGAGAUCAAUGAUGACGAAGAAUUUGAGCAGGGAGGAGUUGUCUGUCAAGAUAAAUCUCUUGAAUCUGAUAAAAUUUUGUGGGUUAGGAAUGAUUUGAAUAGUGAAAUACUUGUAGAUAUUCCUACAACUUCUAGGGAAUCUAUAGAACCUAACACUUCUGUAAAGCGAAAAAGGGAUUGACGAAUAUGUCUGGAGUUCCAUCGCAGAGUAGAUCACGUAGGAUUAUACAGCGUGGAGACCUACAUCGUCAGGCGAGAGAUCGUAGGAGAGAACUCG